UAGCUUAACCCUGGCUUAAGUUACUCAUUUACUCAAAUUACUCAUUUAUUGUUUUGAACGUGGCGCCUGUUUCCAUUCAAAAUUUUUAGUCCAGCGAGCCCGAUCUUAAAUUCAUAAUUUUUUUUUUUAUCCAAAACUAUUAACAAGGCUAGUAUAGUGCAAACUAAGGCCAGGGUCAGUCAAAUUAUGAUCAUUGAAAAAUAUCAAAACAUGAUACAAAACUUCGGAGGCAAUAUUUACAUUUUAUACAUAACGCUUAUACCUACUUUCACUUUACGACAUCCAAGCCGAGCCCGAAAAGAAGAAAAGGUGACAGAGCAUGGCUUUGAUAUGAUCAGAGAGGUCGCAAGGCGAUAUUUCAUUCGAUUGUCAUAUGAUGGCACAAAAUACAGAGGAGUUUCUAUCAAUCAAAAUUUGAAAACAGUAGAAUUGGCUGUGUCGGAUUUUCUGAAACAACAGUUUGGGAAUAAUUUUUCCCUGAGAUCAACAAGCCGCACUGAUGCAGGAGUCCAUGGCAUAUCUAAUAUCCUGCAAUUUGUUCUGUAUGAUAAAAAAGCUGUAAUUGACACAAAACACUUCUCUUACUCAUUGAAUUAUCAUUUGCGAGCUAGAGAGGAAGAGGUCAGAGUGCAUAACAUUCAGGAGAUUCCAUUCUACAGAAAUGCAGUAGAAGUCAUCAAACAACGUGUGUAUAUAUAUCGCUUGGCUGUCUUCAAGGAAUUAAUGGUUCCAGUGUCCAAGGGAGUCACAAUAAAAAAGAUAAAAUGUAGAACUCUUCCAGAACAGGGCACAGGCAUUAUAUUUAAUGACAAAACAUGCACAACAUUAAGUCCUCCUUUCAGUGUUGAUAAAUUGAUUGAGAGUACAGAGAUACUGUCUGGUGUUAACAACAUUUAUAACUGCACAUCAGAAGCUGGACACGUACAGAUGAGGAAGAAGAGAGGUGGUAAUAGGUCCUACAUAAGAAAUGUACAGAUAGACGUGAGGCGGGGGCAUCCUAUGCUGCUGGAUCUUCAUCCACAUUUGGCACAGGAACUGGAAUUCUGGGAGAUUCAUUUCAAGUCUCAUUCCUAUAUAUAUAAACAGAUCCGUCGGAUGGUUGGACUAAUGGUGGGGUAUGCACAAGGAGAGUAUAGUUUGGAGCUGCUGAGAAGAGUUAUCUCAGGACAGAAACUGUCUCAAGAAGAUAACACAACGCUAUUUAGAGUAGAUACAACCCAUACCAUGCAGCCACGGGGGCUCUUCCUUCAAAAUGUAGAGUGUCAUGAAGAAAUUCUAAACGAGUCCUGUUCCACAGACAACCCAUAUAUCCAGCUAUUGGCCAAUUUAAGUAUUCUUAGAGACAUGUUGUACAACUAUAAUAGUAGGCAGCAUGAAGCCACACUUCAAGAUUUGUCUACAGUGUCAGAGAUAAAGCUAGAAGUAGAGGGAGAUAGAACUGAACAGCACUGGCGGACAGCCAAACUAAGGGGCUCCUCAAAUUCUGUUUUAAUUCAGACAAAGUUGGGAGUAAUCAAAGCAAAUAUAUACUAAUGAAGGUUCAAAAAUGAAAUUAUUCAAUAAAUGAAAUUCUUCCAAAAAUAGGACAUACAUAUGUAUGUGCAAAUAUUGAAGAAUUAUAUGAGUUAAAUGUAGGCAAUAAAUCAAGCAUGUUUUGACUAAUUUCAUUAUUAUAAAGAGGUAAACCAACUACA